GUUAUGGAAGAUCUUUUCAAGACAGCAACAAGCACUGUGCUCUCCAAAUGUCCUCGUGAUGUUGAGCUUUUUCAUAAAUACGUAGCUCCUGCCCAGAAGGACAGGUUGGAAGACACACUGAAGAACAAAUUUGUGACGAUUUCCUACAAUGAAGCAGUGGAAAUUUUGAAGCAAGCUUCUCAAACUUUCACUUUCAAGCCAGAGUGGGGCUGUGACUUCCAAACAGAACAUGAAAAGUACCUGGUGAAGCACUGUGGUGAGGUUCCCGUGUUUGUGAUUAACUACCCAUACGACCUCAAACCUUUCUACAUGCGGGACAAUGAAGAUGGACCUCAACACACGGUUGCAGCUGUGGAUCUCCUCGUACCAGGAAUAGGGGAGUUGUGUGGAGGCAGCUUGAGAGAGGAGCGACUGCCCUUGCUCCAGUCACGUUUACAGAGAUUAGGACUUGCAGAUGCCUACCAAUGGUAUCUAGACCUCCGAAAAUUCGGCUCAGUUCCUCAUGGAGGCUUCGGAAUGGGGUUUGAACGCUACCUGCAGUACAUCUUGGGAGUUAACAAUAUCAAAGAUGUUAUUCCUUUCCCCAGGUUUUCCCACUCCUGUCUCCUGUGACUCAGCAGUUGACUCAUGUGGAGAAAACUGUUGGUGUGACGAUAUGUACAGAACACAUUCGGAUAUUACUAAGCCUGUUUUACUGGGAAAUCAAAGUCAUUUUUAUAGCAGUGAAACUCCUGGUAAAUUUAAUACUGGCUUAUUGGAAAUAAUAUAUGUUCUGGUGAGAUUAUGGAAGCACACUUGCAGUGAAUUUGAUAGCAGUUCAUGUCUUCACUGCGCUUCAGGAGUAUUAAAAAAUCCCACUUAACUAAAGGGUUAAAAUUCUCGUGGGACUAGCACUAGCCAUGGAAGGUACUGAAUAAGCGUUGUUGGGAGGUAGUGGGGGGUUUAUAUGAAAUAUUAAUAAGGAGGUGUGACCUAAAAU